AUGAAGUAUUUUAUCGUUUUUCUGAUAAUGUUGAUCAUUGUAAAUUGUUAAGCAUAGUCUUUAGAAUUGACUAUAAGAUAACGGUAUUAGAAGAAGUAAAUAGUCAAUUUAAUUGCAUUUACAUAAAAUUAGUAUUAAAUCCGACUAUCACAGCAAGAUAAAUAUGAUUUUGCUGAGCAUUAAAAUAAAAUAUAAAAUGGUGAAAUGCUUGAAAAUAUAGAAUAUUAGAGAAUCAAAGUGAAGAAAAUUGUUAAAAAGAAAAGAUUUAUCCUUAAACCUGUACCAAUUCCAUUAAAUUAGAAAGAAAUACAUGGAAAAAAGAGAAAGGUCUAUAAAAAUAUUUUAAAGUGCAAAAAGAUUAUACAGGAUUGA